AUGUCCUCCUCGAUGGAGAUCGUCUCUCGCAGUCUGGUCCCUCGUCUUUCGUGGACAGCGAGCUCUAUUCGCCCUGCGACCACCUCCUUCGCUCGACACCACACCUCCCCACAGCAGCAACAACUCCCCCCUCGCUCCACCGCGACCGCAGCCUUCGCCCGGAACGCAUGGGCAUCUCGUCGCGCAUCACCGUCCUCAAUUCGGCACGCCGCCGCCCGCGCCUUUUCCACCACAGCCCCACUCAAGAAAGACCACCACUUCGACACCCUCAAAUUCGUGCGGUCCCUCGAGGCCUCCGGUUUCUCCAAAGCGCAGUCCGAAUCCAUUAUGCGCGUACUCGACUCCGUCAUCGAAGAGUCCAUCCAAAACCUCACCCGCACCAUGGUCCUGCGGGAAGACCAAGAAAAGGCGACCUACACACAAAAAGUCGACUUUGCGAAACUUCGAUCAGAAUUGCUGACGGCGGACUCGUCCGAGUCGGCGCUCACGCGGGCGAGUCACGAGAGGUUGACCAACGAUCUGGCCAAGCUAAACAAUCGGCUGAGAGAUGAGGUGCAGCGCACGCAGGCGAGCGUGAGGCUCGAUCUCAAUCUGGAAAAAGGCAGGAUCCGGGAAGAGGCGAAUAGUCAGGAUUUAAAGAUCAAGGAGACAGAGACGAGAAUCGAGCAGGAGAGUGCGGCGUUGAGGGAGAGGUUGGAGGCGGUCAAAUUCUCGACGCUGCAAUGGUUGAUGGGCACCUGGUCGACCAAAGGACUUCCCGACCUCUGA